AUGUCCCACCAGGGAUACGGUUUCUGCGAGUUUCUGACCGAGGAUGAUGCAGAUUAUGCCUGCAAGAUCAUGAACCAAAUCAAGCUCUAUGGCAAGCCGAUCCGGGUCAACAAGGCCUCUUCGGAUCGGAAACAGGUCGAUAUUGGCGCGAAUCUUUUUAUUGGUAAUCUCGAUCCGAACGUCGAUGAACGAAUGUUAUAUGAUACCUUUAGUACAUUUGGAACCCUAGUCCAGACGGCCAAAAUCGCACGGAAUCCGACGACCGGCCAGUCGAACGGGUACGGCUUUGUAGCCUACGAGUCAUUCGAGGCAGCGGACACGGCGAUCGAGUCGAUGAACGGCCAGUUUCUGAUGAACAAGGCUAUCACCGUCCAGUAUGCUUUCAAGAAGGACGGCAAGGGUGAGCGACACGGGACGCCCGCAGAACGACUACUUGCAGCCCAGGCACGGAAGAACAAUGCUUUGCCGAGUGCCACCGGGGCUAACCUGCCGGCACCUCCACCUAGCGCACCCAAUCCGAUGCGUUAUAAUGCCGCUAACGUGCAAUCGACCCCAUCGAGUCAUCCGGGCAACAACCCAUCAUCCAACGGCGCACCCGGCCAGUAUGCACCGCCCGGUGCCGGCGGACACCAUCCGCACCAGCAGUACCACGGAGGUGGGGGGCAAGGUGGGGGACACCAUAAUCCAGCAAUGAGCUACCAUAAGCCACCGGGGCCAACCCACCAUGGCGCAUACCCAGGUCCACCCCCAUCGACAGUCCCAAUGGGCUACCGACCUGCACCACCAACCUCUUUCCAGCAACCCCCUUCGAGGAACUUCCCCCCUCCUCCCGCCGGUUUCGCGCCCAAUAACAACGGCCACUCACCCUUCCCGCCCGCUCAAAUUCCUCCUCCUCCCGCGAACUUCGCACCUCCUAUUUCUAAUGGAGCCCCUGCUCCGCAUUCUUUCCCUCAUCCUUCUUCUCAAACUCAACCAUCUGUUGGAAUUCCCCAAGCCAAUCAGUCUAUCCCUCCUCCUCCUCCCGGUUUUGCCCCUCGAUAA